AUGUUUAGAGAUUUACUAAGGGCAGUGCAAGACUUGGGCAGGCAGCAGCCUCAAGCGGCACCUCAUAAUGCAACAAGAGGUGCCAACACCAUGAGCUCAAUUGUUGAACAGUUUCGUCGCUUUAAACCUCCGUCCUUUGAUGGUAAACGUGAUCCUUUCGCAGCUGAGGAGUGGCUGAGAAGACUUGAAGGGAUCUUCGAGCACAUGAACUGCAAUGAUGCUCAAAAGGUUUCUUGUGCAAAGUUUAUGUUGACUGAUGAUGCUGGACAUUGGUGGGAGUCUGAAACACGUACUAGAACUACAGAACAACAACGUAACCUCACUUGGAACCAGUUCAAGGAGUCGCUGAUGGGUAAAUAUUUUCCCCAGUCACUGAAAGAUCAAAAGGAGGUAGAAUUUCUCCAGCUCACGCAAGGAAAUUUGCCACUUGGGGAGUAUGAAAGAAAAUUUGAACGACUUUCUAGGUAUGCACCGCAUAUGGUGAACACUGAGCUGACAAGGGCUAAAAGGUUUGAGAUGGGGUUAAGGCCAGAGAUCAAGGGAAUCAUGGCAGCCCAGCAGAAUACUACUUAUGCAGAGGUUGUACGUCGAGCACAAGCAAUCUCUAAUGGUUUAGGACUGGAAAAGAAAACCCAACCCAGCACCGAGUCAUCUAUAAAGAGAAAGUGGCAAGGUCAUGAUAAGGAGAAAGGCAGGAACCAGAAUAAGAAAGGAAAGAUUGGGUUAGACUUAAAUAAAACUUUUCCUCAAUGCUCCAAUUGUAACAAGCGACACUUGGGUGAGUGUCUUCAGGGGAAGGGAGUAUGCUACAGUUGUGGUAAGAGUGGUCAUUUCCUUAGAGAAUGUCCAGAGAAGAAGAGAGAAGGUGAUCAUCUUAAGAAGGGAAAGGCCAGAGUAUUUGCUUUGACAGAAGAAAAGGAGGAUCAGAACACAGACGUAAUAACAGGUAUGUUACCAGUAUUUGACGUACCUGCUAUUGUCCUUAUGGAUUCUGGAUCCACUCAUUCAUUUAUUUCUACAAUUUUCAUGGAUAAGAUUGGGAAUGAAUUUGUAAAAAUGAAUAACAUUUUAGAAGUUAGUACACCAUCAGGCGAAGUGAUUAAUACCAAUCAAAUGGUUAAAGAUGUUAAGUUAGAGAUCGAAGGAAAAGUACUAAAGGCAGAUUUGUACCUUUUGAGGAUGAAAGACUUUGAUGUAAUUUUGGGUAUGGACUGGUUGGGUAGAAAUUAUGCAACCAUCUUAUGCCAUAAGAAGGAAGUUUUAUUUCAAAAACCUGGAGAAAAAGAUUUUCGAUUCUUUGGAACAAAAAUUGGGACCCUACCUCGAUUGGUAUCUGCAAUGAAAGCACAAAAGAUGUUGAGAAAGAAUACUUGUCAAGGAUUUCUAUUGAAUAUAAUUAGUAAGCCCCAAACCGAAAGAAAAAUAGAAGAUGUACUAGUAGUUAAUGAGUUUGUGGAUGUUUUUCCUGAGGAUUUACCUGGUAUACCACCUGAUAGACAAGUAGAGUUCACAAUUGACUUGACCCUUGGGGCAGCGCCAAUAUCUAAGGCUCCUUACAGGAUGGCACCAAAAGAAUUACAGGAGUUGAAGAUAUAA